AUGCCCGAGAGAGACUCCAUAGUCAACACACCUCAACAAAACAUAACUCUCCGAAGGUCUCCAAGAUUUCUUCAACCCAAGAACACUCUAGAACCAGAGAAACCCCCCAAGACUCUCUGGAAGUCUCAGACGCUUGUCCACCGUGAAAAGAGCGCUUCAGAAUCCAAAACCCCGAGAACCCCCAAGUCCGAAGGAAAAAGCAGAUCUGUUGUUCGCUCUUCGAGUCCUUCACUCAACUCUAAGAAAUCGAGUAAAGCUCAUGGGACCAGAAAAUCUCCGAGAUUGAACACUGGGGUUGAGCAGUUUCGGAGUCUCAGACGUUCUUCAAGGAUUUUGAAUCGGCAGCGCGUCGUCGUUGAUGCUGGUAAGGAUUUCCCACAGAAAGUCUCGAAUAAAUUGAUCAAAUUUGAUAAUGGGUCGAGUAAUUGCACGGAUUUGAGUUCCGGGUCAAGAAAAUGUGGAAGAAAAUCUCUGAGGUUUUGUAUUGAGCAACCUGUUGUUGAUGUACGCACGAAUAAGGCAACCAAUACUAGAUCUAAAAGUAGAACAACUAGUUUCUUGGAUAAAGAGGAAUUCUCAGGUGUUGGAAAAGAUGGAGCCUCUGUUAAUUCACCCGAAGGAGUUCCGAAGAAGAGCAAAAAGGUGACUUGGAGGAGUUCAGGUGGUGGUGAAGUGAUUAGUUCGGAAGGUAGAGAAAGGAAAAUGCAAGAGUUAGAUGGUGGAAAUAAAGAAGUUAAGAUUAGGAGGAAGAGAAAGAGAGAUGAAGAAGUUAUUGGGGUUGUACAUGGAUGGACAAAGGAACAAGAAUUAGCCUUGCAGAGAGCUUAUUUGGUAGCAAAGCCGACACCCCAUUUCUGGAAGAAGGUUUCUAAAAUGGUGCCUGGAAAAUCUGCACAGGAGUGCUUUGAUAGAGUCCAUUCUGAGCAUAUAACCCCGCCUCCACCUCGUACCCGAUCAAGGGCACAGAUCUUAGAAAAUUCAUCCCCCCUUGGACAAUUUUCACUCUCUGCAAGUAAACUACUUAAACCCACUGAACUAAAGGCUAAAAGGUCAAACUGCAAUAAACAGAGGAGUCAUAUUGCUCAGAAAACUGUCAGAAAGUUAUUACAAAAGCAUCAUCAAGUGUACCAGGAAUAUGAGGCAGAUCUAUUUUCAGUACUUGAGCCCAGUCUAGAUUCAUAUACUGAGAGUCAGCCUAGUGUAAUACUUUCUACCCCAAAGAAUUUAAAGGGAAAACAGGGACUUCUUCAAAAGUGCAGUCAAAGAUCUUCAGAUCAUAAUAAGAAGCCCCUGUCGAGAUUUAAUAGCUCAUCUGGGGAACCUCUUGUUAGCCCCCCUGUAUUGAAGCAGGUCAGAAAUAGGGUCUGGCAUGAUAAGUAUAUUGACCAAUUACAUAACAGGGAAGCUAAGAGAAAAGCAGCCUCUACAUGCACUCAAAAAUCCACUGUCCAGGAAGUGGAUAUGGUCAGAACUGCAAAACUUGCCCUGGUUUCUGAAGCAAGAGAUGCUAUCAAUAAGCUCCAACAUCUGCAGGCCAAUACCAUGGAAAACUCUUCUGAUUUGGAUGAGGAUGGGAUUGUAAAUGAUGAUGAGGAAGGCGAAAACGAUACUUAG